ACGCAGACGAGCCGGGAGGAGUGCCGUCCCUGUCCCCGCUCCUAUAAAACCUCGGAAUCCUUGCGCAUUUACAAGGGCCCAUACCAUCAUCAUCCUGUUGGUACGCGGCUCUCAUCUGCUUUAGUGUGGAAGGUCAUGGAGUUGGGGUUGAGUUUGGGGGAUGCCAUGGCGGAAGCCGGGAGGGAGCUGGGGCUCGGGCUCGGGGUUGGCGGAGCGGGGGUGGCGAGGAGGGAGGAGCGCGGGCGGAGGGAUCUGGAGGUCGCCGCCGGCGCGAUGAGGUGCGGGUCCUCGCCGGAGCCGACCAUGCGGCUCGCGCUCCUGCCCAUGGCGCCCGCCCUCGGCUUCCCGUGGCCGUCCGACAGCAGGCAUUUGGAAGCGUCCACGCGGGGCUUCGACGUGAACCAGGCGCCGUCGUGCGGCGCGUCGGCGUGGGGCGCGUACUCGGCGGCGGCGGCGGCGGAGGAUGAGCUGGAGGACGCCGCCGCGGCCGGCGCGGCCGUGUCGUCCUCGCCCAACGACAGCGGCGGCUCCUUCCCGAUGGACUUCUCCGCGCACGGCGAGCGCGGGCCCAACGACGCCGCUCAGGGCGGUGGCGGGUCCCGAGGCAGCGACGAGGACGACGGCGGGUCGGCGCGCAAGAAGCUGCGCCUCUCCAAGGAGCAGGCCGCGUUCCUGGAGGAGAGCUUCAAGGAGCACAGCACCCUUAACCCGAGGCAGAAGGUGGCGCUGGCGAAGCAGCUCAACCUCCGGCCGCGCCAGGUGGAGGUGUGGUUCCAGAACCGCAGAGCCAGGACGAAGCUGAAGCAGACGGAGGUGGACUGCGAGUACCUCAAGCGCUGCUGCGAGACGCUCACGGAGGAGAAUCGCCGGCUGCAGAAGGAGCUGGCCGAGCUGCGCGCGCUCAAGACGGUGCACCCCUUCUACAUGAACCUCCCGGCUACCACCCUCUCCAUGUGCCCCUCCUGCGAGCGCGUCGCCUCUACCUCCGCGCCACCUUCCUCUGCCGCCGCUGCGUCGGCGGCAGCGCCCGCCGCCGGUGGCAGCAUUGCCGCCGCGCCGGAGCGCAGGCCGUCGUCGUUCGCCGCGCUCUUCUCGUCGGCCCGCAGCUUCCCGGUGCCCGCCCAGCCGCAGGCGCAGGCACCAUCGAGCUAGCUAGCGAUUUCGCCGGAUUUCUUCUUCGCCUCCGGCGAGCUUGUAAAUACGCUCACCUUUUCUUGUAUUUUCCGCGGGAUUUUUUCGUGGCUUCCCAUUCGCCGAGGGGUUUGUGGAAAUGAAAACCCCAGCUGGUGCCGCGCCUGUCGUCAGAUCGGACCCGUUGACGGCCGGGAUGCAUGCUCGGAGCAGAAAUGUUGCAGUAGAGCUUAGUAUUAACCUUUAUCUCUGUGGCUUCUCAGUAUACUUCGUUUUAGUUAAGCAAGAGGAAUGGCUCUUGGUUUUUAUUUUUUAUUCUUGUGUUUGUUGUGUGAAAGACUGAAAGUUGGAAAGCACUUUGGUUUCACUUUUGGUAGUAGCUGAAGCUGAAAGCACUGCGGCGAUGGUCUGCGCCGGCCGCUGAUUUGCGAAAUCAUGACUCCCAUUGUAUCCAUCGGUGGAGUUACUCUCC